AGAGUUGGAAUCACUGUCCACUCCACGCUUCAUUGCACGGUUAGUUAGCUGGGUCCUUAUUGAGACGGGAUAUCUCUAUAGUGGCCGUGCCAGGAUAACUCCCCGUCUUCAGCCGCCUGGUAGCUCCAGUUUUCUAAUCCACAGUUCUUCAUCCAAAUACCCCUCGUAUUCUUUCGAUGAGCGAAACUGCAUAAUAAGAAAUUCGACCAAGAUUUUCCUCCGCAGCUGUCUUUUUCAUUACACCGCGGUCGGACCAGGCUAAUACUAUGCAUUGGUUUAAUCUUUUGGGUAACGUUUGAUACUUGAACACGAAUUACUUGUGACUGUGGCGUAUAACGUUGGAUUAGCUAUCAUUAGGAACCGAUCUAGCGUUUGCUCGUAGUGACACGAAACAAUCGGUACGGCAUCGAAUCAGUAACGAUAGUGCACAAAACGGAAUGACUGAAGAACAUAGCAAGAAUCGGAUUGUUUUUAGUAUGUGACAGAAACGCAAACGGAAAGCGAAUGAUCCAGAGGUCUUCACCGAAUCAGCGGAGUGCGCUGUUAAGAGAUGCUGAACCAAAACCGAGUCUUCAAGAAAAAUUUCCAAGCCCCUGAUUAGAACCACCUCUUGUGUUUUAAGCUCUGAAUGCUACAAUCACUUUUAUUAUUUUUGCGUACAUAAUAAGUUGGGUAAUUAUAAAUAGAUUUUGUGUUGCCGUAUUUUUUAUUUUGCAAUAUUUCCGUUUCUCCAUAAUCAAACGGGGAUUUACUGAACUGUCACAGGGCUCUGCAUCAAUGGCAUUUUUAACGAAGAAGAAGAAGUUCAAGUUUCAGACUCAUUUUACGCUGGAGGAGCUAACGGCUGUGCCUUUCGUUAAUGGAGUUCUUUUCUGCAAGAUACGACUACUAGAUGGAGGAGACUUUGCAAGUGCUUCGUCCAGAGAGGAGGUUCAGGAGAACUGCGUUCGCUGGAAGAAGAAGUUCUCUUUCGUGUGCAAGAUGAGCGCUAACCCUGCGACUGGCGUGCUGGAUCCCUGCAUCUGCCGGGUCUCUGUGCGCAAGGAACUGAAAGGAGGGAAGACCUUUUCAAAGCUGGGCUUUGCUGACCUCAACCUGUCGGAGUUUGCUGGUUCGGGCUCCACCGUGCGCUGCUGCCUUCUGGAGGGCUAUGAUACCAAGAACACUAGACAGGACAACUCCAUACUGAAGGUAACCAUUGGGAUGACCCUCAUGUCUGGAGAUCCUUGCUUUAAAACGCCACCCAGCACAGCCAAGUCCAUCUCCAUUCCGGGGCAGGACCACUCCCUGCAGCUGGACUGCAAGGGGGAAGGUACCGGGGCCACACCCACCCCCACCGGGGGCAUCACCACGGGACGCUCUCUGAAAUCCAGGCCUUCUGUUUUGAGCUCAGGUCUGCCAGAGGAACCAGAUCAGAACUUGUCCAGCCCGGAUGAGGUGUUUCACACGGGCCACUCCCGAAAUUCCAGCUACGCCAGCCAGCAGAGCAAGAUAUCAGGUUACAGCACAGAGCACUCCUGUUCCUCCAGCCUGUCGGACCUCACCCACCGCCGAAACACUUCCACCAGCAGCAGUGCCUCUGGGGGGCUCAGCGUGAGCGUGGAGGGGGCACCCGAGGGGGAGAGGGAGCCAGGCCGCUCCGAAAGACCCCCUCGCCCCCCACGCCCCGUCCUACCGUCCAAUAGACCCUCCAGGAGGAAGAAGGACUCGGUGGAGAGCCACCCCACCUGGGUGGAUGACACUCGCAUCGACGCAGACGACAUCGUGGAGAAGAUCGUUCAGAGCCAGAACUUUGCCGAUGUCAGCAACAAUGAAGACAGCAACCUGAGACUGUUUGUCAGCAGAGAUGGGACCACAGCCUUGAGCGGGAUUCAGCUGGGAAACAGGGUGUCAGCUGGCGUCUUUGAGCCGGUGGUGAUCGAGAGCCAUUAGAACACGUCAGUUUUCGUAAUGUGGUGGAGUUCUCACCAUUUUCCCCUCUCGCUGCCUCGCAUGGAGGCGAGACACUGAAGGAGGAAAAGGAGCCUGAGGCGUCCCUGUAUUGCGUGUGAGGAAUGCACCACUUCAGAGGGUUCAAGCGUCCCUAAGAUUAUCUCAAACAAACAAUUGGUCAUAUAUCCAGGUCUUCAUUUGCUGUUUGUCACAUAAAGAAUGUGGAGAAUAGCCAAAUAACCACUUGUUGUCUUUGAAUGCAAUGACUUGAAGGCUUACAUUCCCCCCCCAUGCUUGUCAGCAAACUGCUUAGCAUCCCCGAACCAAAAGGAUCAUGGGAAUUGCUCCACUGUGAAAGUACAGGAGAGCAAGUUCCAUUGGACCUUUUGUCCAUUCCAUGUGACUGCCGAGGACUCUGGGCAAUGAAGUCUUUAGUUGUCUAAUGUAGUUAUUUUUAGACAAAGGGAUCAACUGUUAAAGCGUAGCACCUCCCACUGCUGUGAGUGUAGAUUUUAAACUUUGACUAACCAUUUUGAGUUACUGGGACAGCUAAGCAGUUCUUAAUGUGAUUUAACGGAAUGUAUGCUGCAUUGCUGUUAUUAGUAUAGAUCAUGAAUUGGGUGGGGGAUAUGUUGAAAUACAGGAAUCUAGGUAGCUUUCUGAAUCUAGUCAGGGAAAUCGAUAGAAACCACUAGGCAAAAACUUGAUGGAAGUAUAUGUAUGAAGCUUUAAAAGCCAUGUAACUGUGAUGUUGUCUUUCUUUUCUAUGUGAUCUCUCUUUGCUCAGUCUAGUUGUUUCUUUGCCAGUCACAGGCACAGAGAGGGACCUGAUAAAGCUUUUCUGGCCAUUUUAUUUUCCUUUAUAUUUAAUAAUUGUCCUUGUCUGUCUGUCUGUCUGUCUGUCUGUUUCUUUUUUUGCUACGCUUUCUUUGUGCCUCUUAAAAUGCAGUCUGCCUGAUGCGCACCAGCUGGGCUGGUUGCCUCGUCAGGACAAGAGGAAUACCUGUUAUGAUUUUUCUUUAUUAUUAAUUUGUUUCAUUUGUUUGUUUUAUAAUGAUGAACUACCUGCCUGUGAGGGUUCCAUUUGUGGAGGUUUUUUUUUUUUUUUUUUUUUUUAACUCUCAUUUGAAGAGGAAAUGAUCUCAGCUGAAUUGUACUGGGCUUUCAGACCUGUGUACAACAGAAGGGAUUAUGGGAGAUCCUGGGUUAGCAACUCUUUGCUGACAGAUGCUUUGCAGGCUCUUGCCCUACACUGUGUUCCCUUUUCCCUCCCUCACAUUGUCACCCUAGUUUGCCAAACGUUCCCUAGAGCUUAAAUAACCCCAAAACUGGUUUGUGUUUUCAAAUUCAAAAUAGGGUUUAGGAGACCCUGUGGAAGUGGCCACGAAACUGGGCUUUUUUCUUGAUGCUGCAUCUCACAAAUAUACCACCACUGUAAGAGAUUUUGAGAGGAAGAGAACUUUGCACAUCUGUGAACAGACAAAGGGAGUUGAAUUGGCAUCUCAGGGGCCAACUGGGGUGUUUUGUAGGGUUUCUAUGAGAGACAGAAUCCAAAUGACUGAGUGUCAUCUUGUUUUUGUAUUGCUGUCAUCUCUGGCAAAUCACACUUCCUGUUGACCGGGAAAGGUUAUUAGCAAACAGAAAAAUUGAUUCCUAACCAUUUCUGUGUGUUUGCAGUUGGCUGCAUUGAAACUUGUUUGAAACUAAACUUUCUGAACAAGCAAGGCUUAUUUUCUUGCCUUGCUUAAGAGCACCUUUUAAGAACUUUAUCCUCUCACACAGUUCACUCAGUCUAAUCUGGUUGGCUCAUAAUUUGGCAAUCUUUUCUCCGUUUUUCAAAAUAUGGCUAUUUUCACUUUGUGACAUAAGCACCAAGCACAAGGGAUUCAGUGUAUCUUCUGCAGUCCCAGUAAAAAAAAUUCAACACAAGCUUCCUCUCUUCUUGCCAUUUUGUCUUGGCUGUGGCUGAGUGUGAGAGGAUGAAAAGGGUAAAUAUCUGUUGCAGUUUCCAGGGGCGAUGAACAACAUGCUGCUUGCAGAACUUAAAGUUCUCUGGGCCUGGGGGUGGGCCGACCCAGAUUUGGGCUCCUGUGCAGUGGGAACUGGGUUCUGUAGUUUGGGGCCCUCUGAUAGUAUCUAUAGCUACUACAGCACACCCUGGUGGUGUGGAGAAAUAGAUUACUUGUGUACCUGCCCAGCUGUAGAGCCCAUUUUCCGUAUGUCCUUUUAUUUUAUAUUGGGUAUUUGCAUUUUAAAAGAGACCAAACAUACAGCAGCAAGUAGAAAUGCUCAAAUUUUUUGUUGUUGCUAGAAUUCAUGUUUUUAAAAUUAUAAUUAAACAUAGCCACUUUACUUUUUUGUUUUGUUUCGAGUACAUUUUAAGAACAGCAAACAUUAUCAAGAGGCUGCACUUUUUUGUGAAACAUGUCAUUUCUUUGAUCAUUGUGGAUGUCUUGGGGGCCCUAACACACUGAAUCUACAUAUUUAAAUAGCUGUUGCUUUAACAUGUGGAGCAUUGUCACCUCUGGGGAUUGGGGUAUCUUUCAACUGUGUUACAGUAUCUUUUCAAUAUAGAUUCUUCUCUUUUAUUAAAAAAUAUAAUGAUUAGGUGUUGCUGUUUUUCCAAACCAGCUGGCUGGUUUAUGUUUCUCUUUUGAUAUGCUAUACACACCAAGAGGAGAGUGUGAAAUCCAUCCCUCUCUUUUGUGGAACGGUAAAAUAGUGGAUUAUAGAAACAAAUAUAUGUAUUAAUAUUGAAGAGUAAUUUGUGUUUCUUGUUUUCUGAACUUGUUUUGUAAAAGAGGGCUUGAUUUGUUGUACACAGUGUUUUUUUGUUCUUCCCAACAGACUUGACGUAUUUGACCUAUUUGUAACUCUGUGAUUGUUUUUCUUACUCUUUGAUGUAAGACACUGUUGUUAUGGACUGACCAUUGCAGUGAUCCUUGAUGAACUGUGAAUCUGGCAACCAUAUUGUGAUCCACCACUGGAUAAAACAACAUAGCUCAGAAAAACAUUAUCAUGUUAAUGCUCCCAUUGUUAUGGAAGGUAUUUCAUUGCCUUCUUUUUUACUUUGUUAUUUUUUUUAAAAUUAACUUGUAACUUCUCUGUUGCGUGAUCAUUUGUACAAUAGUCUACUGUUUGGGAUCAGGAUCAAGGACUAACCUGAAGCUUGACCCCGUCAACUUAUCACAUUAGCAAACACGUGCCACAGGUCAUGAGAUGUUGUUUCAAUUCACCGGUGGUUCACUAUAAAGCACUGAUCUCAAACUACAGUCCUGGAGAAUUGCAGGUGUUUGCAGGUUUUUGUGUUUUCCUAUCAGUAAGCAACCAAUUUAAGCAAACCAGCGUUGGAAACAAGGUGUAUGGAGUUAGCCAAUUAUUGACUUGAAUGAAGCACUUAAGUGCUGAAAUAUACCAAAACCCAGCAGAAUAUGUGGCCUUGCAUUACUGCAGUUUGAGAUCUUUGCUGAAAAGGGCAAGGAGACCUAGAGAAAGUUAGAUGGGCACAACUUAACCAGUAGACGACAGAAUGCUUGUGGGAUUUUGGGAUUUUAAAAGAAACAGAACAUAAAGUGGAGUGCUAUGAUUAAUACUGAUACUGCUCAGAGGGGAACUAUUUUUGUAUCUCUUUGUUGAUUUAUAA